AUGGAGGGACCAGACACCUUUGUACAGCUACCGCUGGCCAUCGACCCCAACACCAAGGCCAUCUCGUCAUCCUCAUCAUCAGGCGCACUCGAAGCCGAAUUGGCCGCUCUCAACUCGCUCCACCGCUCCUUCGUCGUAGACCUUGAAGGACCCAUGGGCGUCCCACCACCACCCGUCCCUGUCAACCCCAAGCGAUCAGCACAAAUCACAAAGCUCAAGGAGACCGGUAACGCAUCGUUCAAGAAGGGCGCAUACCCAGAUGCCGUCCGCAUGUACGGCCUCGCCAUCGACAUGGCUGCAAAGCGUCCUCUCUGGGAACCCGCCGGCCUUGUGCGCGAAGAACUGAGUCAACUGUAUAACAACCGUGCUCAAGCCUUCAUGGCCCAGCAAAUGUGGCCCGAAGCCGCCCUCGACGCCUUUUGCAGCACCGAACUCAAGAAGGUCGCCAACACCAAGGGAUGGUACAGACGCACGACUGCUCUCAAGGAACAGGGUCGCCUCGACGAAGCUCUCGACGUCAUCAAAGAGGCUAUUGACUUCGAGUCUGCUGGUCCAGACAAGGAGGGUGUGGAAACCCUCGCUAAGCUCUUGAACGAAAUCGAGACCGCCCUGGAGAAGAAGACCGCUGCCUGA